UCUCUUCUUCUUAAUCCUUCUUGUCGCGGAGUGGUAGCAGCGUCCCUUCUCCGUCUCGUUGUCGUGGAGCACAAACCCCCCCGAUUAAAAAACUAAUAUACAUCUUUCCUCGUCGCGAGACACCCACCCCCUUUUCCGCCCUCGCAGCGAACGCGUCUCCUCUUGCAGCCCUGUCGCAGACCCUCGAUUGCUGCACAGCUUCGAGACCUCCUCCUCUGGCUCUUCCAAGAUGUCGUCCGGUCCAGCAGACUUCCUCCAAACUCUCCAGCUGCCGUCAAUCGAGAGGCCCUUUGGCAUACAGUUAUGGCCUAUCUUCGACAAGGCCUUCACGGCCGUCAUGGGCUACCAUCCCCAGGACUUUGACUUCCAGCCACGAGUUACCCCCAUGUCGACGAUGAAGGAGAGUGGCUUUGCCAUCCUCAUCUACUACAUAAUAAUUUUUGGCGGGAGGGAAUUGAUGCGGAAUCGCCCUGCCUACAAGCUCAAUGGCCUCUUCAUGAUCCACAACUUCUACCUGACGGCCAUCAGCGGUGCUUUGUUGGCUCUCUUCCUCGAGCAAUUGAUCCCCACGGUCUAUAACCACGGAAUCUUCUAUGCCAUCUGCGAUGUCAAGGGCGGCUGGACAUCACCCCUGGUCAUGCUCUACUACCUCAACUACCUCACGAAAUACCUUGAAUUGCUGGACACUGUAUUCUUGGUCUUGAAGAAGAAGCCCCUGACCUUCCUCCACUGCUACCACCACGGUGCGACGGCUCUCCUCUGCUACACCCAACUUAUUGGCUUGACAUCCGUAUCAUGGGUUCCGAUCACUCUCAACCUGACGGUUCAUGUCGUCAUGUACUGGUACUACUUCCAGAGCGCUCGCGGCAUCCGUAUCUGGUGGAAGGAGUGGAUCACUCGCCUCCAGAUCAUCCAGUUUGUCAUUGACCUCGGGUUUGUCUACUUCGCAUCCUACACCUACUUCGCCUCAACCUACUUCCCAUGGAUGCCAAACAACGGCAAAUGUGCCGGAGAGGAAUUCGCAGCCUUCGCUGGUAUCGGCAUCCUCAGCUCCUACCUGCUGCUCUUCAUCUCCUUCUACUUCGCGACUUACAAGAAAGAUGGGAAACGCCCAACCGGUCGCAAAGCCGCACGAUCUCUGAAGGAUGCUCAACUGCCCGACGUCGCAGCUCUUACCAAUGGCAAGAUCAACCCAGGGAGAAGUGCACAGGCUACCGCAACCGGGGCCACCCCCAGCCGUCCCGUCACACGAUCGCGCAAGGCGUAGAAAUUUGCCCCUGGCUCUGCG